AUGACUCAGGGUGCCUCUGAGAUUACAGGGGGCGUAGCAGUAGCAGCAAGCCCACGAGUAGCCUCCUGCAAAGUUUGCAAAAAUAACGAUGCGAGAGUCUGCGCUGACGAGCCACAUGAAAGGCAGCUCUCCAGCGAACAGGCCAAACUCCAGCAGACGCUGCAGAAGGAGUCCAAGGUCAACAAGCGUCUGUCUAUGGAGAACGAGGAGCUGCUCUGGAAGCUGCACAAUGGAGACCUGCUGGCCAGCCCCCGCCGCCUCUCCCCCACCUCACCCUUCGGCUCACCUCGGAACUCUGCCUCCUUCCCCACAGCUGCACCCUUAUCGCCCUGAUAACCCCGACAACAAGCCUCCUGCUCCACCAGCCUGGACAAGACAGAGCUGUUCCAAACACAGGGAAGGACUUCAAUCACAGCAAUGUUGUUGGAUAUUAAUGAUAAACUUGUACAUUUGGAACAAAUUGCAUAAAAGACGCUUGUUCUGAAAGCGUGGAGACAUUGCAGUGGCACCGAUGCACUUAUGUCUGACAGUGGAAUGGCCAUGCUCUCUACCAAAUGCCUAGUUCUCCAACAAGCCUUUCUUCUUUUUCUGAAGAAAACAUACAACAGGCACACCUCAGGGUCUGUACAUGGCGCCUCACUCUUGUUAUGACUAUCCUUCCAUGUUUUUUCUGAUGUGUUGUACAAUUUAGGAUCCUGUUAUUUUAUACCGCUCUUUCUAGAGAGGCGGGUGAGAAGAAACCUUGGACUUGAGCCUCUUGAGGUUUGUGGGAACAGACUCAGAGUGGUUUGGGUGGUUGGUGGGGGACUAGCAUGGAUUGUUUUGCCUAUUCCCCUUCUUUUAAAGAGGACCUUUUUCACAAAGAGCAAAACUCAAUCCCUCAUCUGCUUUGGAGCUCUGAACAACGUAUCGUCCUUCUGUUGAUCUGAGGAACUGACCUUUAGAUCUGUUCCUCUGUGUAAGCUCCUCACAACCUCUACCUGAAACCACUUUGUGGAAUGUAACCACCUUUGGAUGUUAGAUCUGAGCUGUCAGUUCAGAGACUUAACACAUCAUCCCAGAGCCAAAUAUGCAGAAGUGUUAGGAACUCAGAUGUUCCUAAAAUGCCUCAGUUCACCAUGUUGUUUUAUUUUGGACAUGAAAUAAAUACAAAAGGAUAUGAGAUAAAAGCACCAUUGUUUUAUUUGGAUAUUGAAAUAAUUGCAGAAUUGACAUGCAAGUCAAACAUUAGAUGAAAGACUUGAAAGAGAUUACAUAGAAUGAUGUUUGAUGUGAGGGAUUUCAGGAAGCUGUUGGGCUGCAGUAGGAGACCUCCUCUCUUGCUUUCAGUGUUGAAGUCGGCCAUGACGAUCUUCAAUGAUGUCGCCCUUUGCUUAGCUGCUGGUCUGUCGUCCUGGUAACGGGGUAAUGACCUGUGGCGGAGGCUCGAGGUCAGCGGCUCGUACCAUCAUGACCACAGAUUUGAUAGAGUACCACCAGCCGUGCCACGUGUACCAAACCACCCCGUCAUCAGCCAUGGCUUGGUCCGGCCCUCUGUAGUGACCGUUCAGGUUUCCUGAGUCACACCUGCAGCGAGGAGAGACAGAAGAAGACCUGCAGUACCUUCUGUAUAACCUGUGUGUAUAUUGUCAUUUUGACCUUUGCCCCCUUGUUGUUCCUCUCUUUGCGUGUGUGGUUCUACUGAGUGACGGACCUACCUGCUGAACCACCAGCCGGACCUGCUGUGUCUGAUGCAACUGGUGUGGUUCUCCGUGUCUCCAUUAUUAAUCUGGUCAUAGGUGCUGAAGUUGAUCCCGUUUGACCCAGGGAGUUCUUUUGUAAGAAAUGGACCAGUCCGUUUCUUCCCGGCAGAGGGGGGGCUGUGGACAUGAGCCAGGGCGUCCCCAGCGUUCCCAGUGUACUCUCCCACAUGUAACUGGUACUGGUCCUUUGAGGGAACACAGGAGACAAAGCCCUGUCAUAGGAGCGUAGGAGCCAACAUGCUUAUUUUGCCACAGCUUAUCAUUUCUGUUUAAACGGCACACAGGUAGUAUUGGUCACUUCCGGCAGUUAUCACAUGGGUGUGGUGUCAGGUGUUCAGUGCACCUGUCGUGCUUGUGUGGGUGACAGAGAGGGUGAGACCAUAUGGUCCUGCUAAGAUGAUUAUUUAUGUUAUUUGCUUUAUUAAAUGAUCAACCACAA